AUGAAACCGACCAGUAGCAUCAGCUCCAAGGGAUCCGAAGACGGGUUGUCCGAGCUCCAUGUUGCACCAUAUCAUGAAGGGGAAACGAGAACCACGCUCCAACACUUGAAAGAUUCGCUUCUCUUGAAAAAUUUACUCGAAAAGAACGAAGAUCGGCCCACACCUCCGCAGGUGUAUAACUGGCGUGUGUACUUCACGGCCUUGAUUUCCUCUGCAGCCGCAAUCAUUAUUGGGUAUGAUGGUGGCUUCAUUGGGGGCACAGUUGCUCUUGACUCGUUUCUCCAAGAAUUUGGCCUCGACACCAUGACCGAACAACAUCGUGGCCAGGUCACGUCCAACGUUAUUUCUGUUUUCCAUGCCGGAUGCUUCUUCGGAUCGUUGAUCUCAUAUCCGUUCUCGUACUACUUCGGUAGAAAGAUACCGCUUAUAAUCGCUGCCACGACCAUUACUAUUGGCUCUGGAAUCAUGCUAGCUGCAAACUCCUCGACCGGUUUGGGCCCCAUCUACGCUGGCCGUGUCAUUGCGGGAUUUGCCGUUGGCUUUUCAACCAACCUUACGCCCGUAUACUUGAGCGAGAUCAGUCCCCCUGCUAUCCGCGGGCGCAUCAUUGCGCUUUAUGAGAUCGGGUGGCGUAUCGGUGACUUGGUGGGAUUCUGGAUCAAUUUCGGAAUCGACUCGCACAUCCCCGAUUCUAAGAAACAAUGGUUCAUUCCCUUUGCAGUCCAGCUCAUUCCAAGCGCCAUGUUCUUGGCAGGCGCCAUCAUUAUGAAGGAGUCUCCGCGGUGGUUGUUGUCGGUGAACAAGCACGAUCGCGCGAUCCGAAACUUAACUUGGUUCAGAGACUUGCCCGAAAGCGACGAGUACAUAAUUUACGAGGUGAAUCAGGUGAAAGAGUCGAUCGAGAGUCAGCGUUCUAAGGCAGGCUUGGGCUUGUUCGACCCCUUCAGGCAGAUCUUCAGAAGUGGUGACCACAAGAUUCUCUAUAGGUUAUGCCUCACGUGCACGCUAUUCCUCUUCCAGAAUUUCUUGGGCAUCCAGUCGAUCAACUACUACUCGCCUAGAAUCUUUGCCAGUUUGGGCGUCGAGGGCACUAAUGCCACAUUGUUUUCCACCGGUAUGUUUGGCGUGGUGAAGACGGUGGUUACCUUGAUCUACGUGUUGGUUAUUGUGGAUACUUUUGGCCGGAGAAGAGCGUUCAUGUGCUCCUCGACGGUUUGUGCCUUAUGUUUCUGGUACAUCGGCGCGUAUUUGAAGCUCAAUGACCCGACGGAACCGGGCGUUGAGGCUGGCCCUGGGGGUACCGUGGCCAUUGUAAUGAUGUACGUGUGGAUCGCGUCUUUCAUUGCAGCGUGGUCCGGAGGGCCGUUUGUAGUGGGAAGUGAGAUAUUCGACCAAAACAUCCGGUCGUUUGUACAGGCCAUCAACUCUGCCGUGUCCUGGGUGGCGAUCUUCGUGAUGUCGAGGUUCACCACGCUCAUGAUUGAUGAGAUGAAAUAUGGCAUUUACUUUUUCUUUGCGUCGUUGGCCGUGCUUUCGGUUCCGUUUGUAUUCUUCUGCAUCCCAGAGACAAAGGGCAUUGCUUUGGAGGACAUGGACAAGUUGUUCGACCGAACGAUUCCCGCAAGAAAGGCACACCACUACGUGAUGUCUGGCGCCAGAGAAGAUUCCCUGCGAGCCAUGGUUGAGCACAAGGGUUUGUUCAAAAUGGACACUUGUAAGUCCCUGGAUAUCGAGCAAGUGGAAGACUCCAGCUUGCUUCAGAAACGGAUAUAG